AUGUUUUCAUUCCAUCUUUUUUUUCUUUUUCUCUUAGCUUUUUCUUUCAGUACAAUCCUUUCAAGACAAAGGCAGUCAUUAAGAACCUUCAGAUGCAUUACUAUGCUCUUGACUGGUGAUCUUCUACGGCACAAAAUACAGCAUCGGCCAGACAGAGAAUCACUUGUAAAUCAGCACAUUUUGGAAGAUACCAAAGUUGAUCCAUCUCUCCAUGAUCGCCAGCGGCAGUUGAAAAGAGCACGACUCGCUGAUGGCCUCAAUGACAAGUUGUCCCAUCGGCCAGGACCACUGGAACUUGUUCAGGGGAACAUUCUGCAGACAAAUGAGGAAUUGGCAGAGGCCAUCAAAGUUGCAAAGUUCUUUCACACUCUUAUUUUCCUUCUUCACACUUUCUUUCAUUCUCUCCUAGAGACACUUUUCUCUUCCCAGCACUACCACUUUCUUUCUAUCCUUCUUAUAUUCACUUUUCUUUUGCUCAGUCUCUUUUCAAACACUCUUUGCUCAAUCUUUCUCCAUUUCUUGCCAUCUCCUACUCUUUUUCUCAAUCUCUUUCUCCCUCUUGCAGUAGUCUGCUCUCAUUUCUCAAUUUUACUCUUUCUCUCAUUCUCCUUAUCUUUCUCCCUCUCAAUUUACUUUCCUCUCUUCUCAGUUUCUCUCUCUCUCUAUUUUCUGGCAAUUUCUCCUGCUCCCUUUUCUCUCUCUUUUCACCCCUCUUUUCUCAAUCUCUUAUAUUUCUUCCAUUUUCCUCUUUGUAUCAAACUGAGGGAUAUAAGCUCAAAGCCGUUCUUUAACACCAGUAAAGUAUUGUCAGUAGAAAGUCCAGCUUCAGUCUUGAAAUAUAGGAGGUCUAAAGAAGGUCUGAUCAAAUUCCAGCGAACAAGUGAUGGCGAAGAGCUUGAUCAUAGAGUAAAGCAGCAGUUUACCUGUGAAGAGGAGAGCAACAGUGAUGAAGCUCUUUCUCCUACCCAGGAGGAGGACUCUAACCUGUCAGAUAUUGGCAGCCCUGGGUCCAGCAUUGCCAGCACCAUAGAUUUUGGCUCACUGAUCACACGGGUUGCAAACCAGGGGCCGAGUACUCCAGUAUCCAAGACAACUGUUACCAUCCCACCAGGGCAGCCCUACGCUGUUCCAUCAGGCCACUCAAUUGUGGGGAAUCGGCAAACGACAUCUAGCACACAUUCUUCAAAUUCCAGAAAUGGAAAUUCCACAGCAACAGCUCUUUCUCCAGUGGCAGUUGGAAUUCCAGCAAAAGAAUUUGUUGGCCAGCUCAACUGCUGCAGCAGCAGCAGCAGCAGUGGCAACAGUACCCAAAGUUGGGGAGAACCAACAUGUGAAUUCUCCUGGCAGCAUGAUGGUGACAGUUUCUGCAUCAACACCAUCACCGGUGGCCACAACCACCUUAUCUCAGCCGGCAAUGCGGCAGUCUCCUUCGCCGUGAUGAAUGUGCAAUCACCGGCCCAAGUAAUGACAGUGCAUUCUCCGCCACAAGUCAUGACUAUGCACUCACCCCCUCAUGUGAUGACUGUCCAUUCACCACAGAUGAUGAACAUGCACUCACCACAGCAGAUCCUCAAUGUGCAGUCUCCACAGCAGAUCCUCAACGUGCAGUCACCUCCACAGAUAAUCAACCCGCAGUCACCGUCACACCAAGUCCUCACUGCUCAGUCCCCACCACAUAUACUGAUGAAUCUUGCUGCUGAUUCCAAAGUCCCUUUACCGCCACCACUCCCACAAACCCCAUCUCUACAAGUGCAGCAAUCCCUCAGCUCCAUUGCUCUCACUCCAAUUCCGAUCUCAGCUCACCUUAUUCAGGCCUCCACACACAGUGUGCAACCAACCCAGAGUCUGCCUACUAUGAUAGUAACCACGUCAACCACGGGUCCUGAUAUCAAACCUAAUUUUAAUGAAUUGUUCAACAAACAGCAGCAACCACAACCAUCACAACAACAGCAACAGCAGCAACAACAACAACAACAACAGAAAAGCCCUGGUCAUGCAGUUGAUCUAACUAAGCUGGCUCUGAGCUCUUCACAGUCAGUCACUCCUUUUAUCCUCAGUGUAUCACAGGCUAACUCAAGGGAAGGGUCUCCCUCUCCUAACAGUUUGAUCUGUAGUUCAGGUAUGACUCUUGCUUCUCUGAAUUCUAGCCCUCUUCCUGUGGUAUCUCUGAGUGAGAGCACCCAGGUCACUUCAGCAUUGGGAACACAGCCAGCGGUUAGCAUUGACAGCUCUAACUCAACGACAGCAUUUUUCUCCAUCCCACUACGAGAGCCUCCAAAAUAUGAUGAGGCUGUCAAGAAUAAGCACCAAAUUACACAGGGUCCACUGUUUGUGACUAUGCAAGAUGGAGGAAACAAUACUUUACCAUCAUCUGCAUCUCCAACUACUGUAUCAAGUGAGAAUCCUAUAAACACUGCAGCUUUCUCAAUAUCAACCAAAAGCCAAGCCAUGGAUGAUGUACUUGAGAUCCUUAUAAGAAAUGGAGAAUUACCUCCAAGUGCUGCUCAAGAGCCUCCCCCAACUCCUAAAACCACAGCCCAGACAUCAACAAUUCCAACAGUGUCAGUAACUCAAACAGCUGCUGCCACAUCCAGCAAUACACCAUUCUCACUAGCCACUGUGCUCAUGCCAUCUCCAUCAUUAACUACCAAUUCCACAUCCUCGUCCUUAGUAAACCAACGGCCUGUUGUAUCAACAAUUGUACCGGCACCUACGCCCGUCUUGGUAAAACAAGAACCAGAUGCUUCACCACCCUCUUCUUCAAUAUCUUGCGACACCAAUCGAGAGUUUGUUGAUAUCAAUGAGGUGCUCAACCAUGAUUUCAAUAGCAUGGACUGGACGUCUGAGGGUGGCUUCACCAAUCUUGAACUACCUGACUCUUUCACUGACCAUAAGAUUGGGACAUCAACACUGCCAAUUAUCACCAAAACAGACGCCAGCAACCCUGGUUCCUCGACAGACCUGGGGGUGACCCUUGAUUUGCCGCAUGACACAGACAGCUCUUGCAACAUGCAAAUUGAUGUGUCUGACUGGUUGGAUGUUGUUAUACCGAGCACGGGCUUUGCUCCGGCAUCUCUCAACACUCCCAUUUCGUUUACAUCAUCUGACCCUAUCCUGACCCCCAAAACACAGCAGGAUGUUCUUGACAUGUUCAGCUUUGAUGAUACUGAUUUCACAGCUUCAUCAGACUCCCAAUGUGGGAUGGACUGGGACAAGCUGACUGACCCCAGCACAAGUUCAAGUUGA